CUUCCCACAUCAGUAACGUUACUUCCGAUUUGGGUCUCGGUAAACAUGUAAAUCCUAAGGAAUAUAUUUGCAUUCUGACCAGAAUCAUGUGCUCAGGUCUGCGUUCAGAUGUUCCUCUAGCUGUGGUUGAGGAGAUCCUACUGAAUCUGCCUGCUCAUCAGGUGGUGCGAGUCUGUCGUCUGGUGUGUCAUGAGUGGAAGGAGCUGGUGGACAGUGCCUCACACUGGAGAGAGCGCUGUCGGAGAGAGGGGAUCCAGCCACAAGAUGUUUCCAGACCACCAGUCAACUGGCGCCAGUUUUACUUCUUAACUAAGAAACGACGUAACUUGCUCAAGAAUCCCAGGGCAGAAGAUAAACUUCAAGGAUGGAAGAUUGUACAGAAUGGAGGUCACCGCUGGGUGGCAGAGGAAAAUAGGAAACCAUUUCCGGAUGAGACGGUCACAAAAUGUUUUGUAACUUCUUAUGGGUUAUGUUUGAAGCAACAGCUGAUAGAUUUGAAGAAAGAAGGCUACAGUGCCGCUUUCAUGGAUCAACUACAACCUCAUAUCAAAAUAUCAGACUGGUAUGUCCCACGCUUUGAUUGUGGUUGUCAGUAUGAGAUCAGUGUGGAGUUGCUUGAUCGGAGGAAAAAACCCAUCUGUACUUUUCAGCCUCGGAAAGUUUUUUUUCAACAGUGGAAUGAUGAGCCGUGGUGUCAAAUGAUACAUGUCUUUAAGGAUUAUGGACCUGGGGUUCGGUUUAUCCGUUUCACUCAUGGAGGGGUGGAUACACAGUUUUGGGCAGGCUGGUAUGGGAUACGGGUCACCAACAGUAGUGUGGAGAUCUGUCCAGCUGAAGAGUGAUAGUGUCUUACGGCAUUAUUUUUUUUCCUUAAAUUAACAGGUACAAAGGUGCACAAAGGAAUUCUAAUGAUGCAAUAUGCCGUAAAGGAGACAUAUAACAUUAUAAAGCACUGUUGUGUAUGUACUUAGUUCCAAUAAACGCUGUAUGUUACACUGUUAAAA